GCAUGGUAUUAUCCUGCGUGGCGGUAGCUGACGCAGCCAUAUUUGUUAUGGGAAAGGGACCAGCGUGAACCUGAGAACUUUUCUUUUCUUCAGCCCAUCAAUGCUUGCCACCCGGAGUAAGCCCUGAAUUAUGGCGGCCUCUGCGCUGACGCCGCAUGGAACUGCCUUUCCAGAAGAGGGGCGAUGCGGUUAUUUUGUGGAAAAGAAGAAGCGGUUCUGCAGGAUGGUGGUGGCAGCCGGAAAAAGGUUCUGUGGUGAACACGCUGGAGCCUCGGAGGAAGAAAAUGCUCGGAAAAGAAUUCUGUGUCCUUUAGAUCCAAAACACACAGUAUAUGAAGAUCAACUAGCAAAGCAUUUGAAAAAGUGUAACUCAAGAGAGAAGCCGAAACCUGACUUCUUUAUUCAAGAUAUUAAUGCAGGCUUAAAAGAUGAAAGUGAAAUACCAGAUCAAUUAGUUCCAAUUUCGUCUCUCUCUGAAGAGCAGCUGGAAAACUUAAUUAAGAAAUUGAGAAAAGCAAGUGAAGGUUUGAACUGCACACUUAAAGAUCAGAUUAUGUCCCAUCCAGCGUUGCAUGAUGCCCUUAAUGACCCUAAAAAUGGUGAUUCUGCAGCCAAACAUCUGAAACAGCAGGCUUCUAUUUUAGGUAACAUUGAAAAUUUAAAGUUACUUGGUCCAAGAAGAUGCUUUGUUGAAUUUGGAGCAGGAAAGGGAAAAUUAUCUCAUUGGGUUGAUAUUGCCUUAAAAGAUGCUGAAAAAGUUCACUUCAUCCUAGUAGAAAAGGUGACCACAAGAUUCAAGGUAGAUGGCAAACACAGAAAGAAAAAUUCAGUGUUUGAAAGACUUCAAAUUGAUAUUCAACACCUGUGUUUGAACAAGAUUCCUUUGCUAAGCAAAGAAAAACUACCUGUGGUAGGAAUUGGAAAGCAUCUGUGUGGUGUGGCAACAGAUCUUGCAUUACGAUGUUUGGUUGAAACCUAUGCUGCCAGUUGUGAGGAAAGGAAUGAAGAACCUUUAGCCAAACGCAUAAAGAAUGAUAAAACAGACAAAGAAAUUAACACUUUGGCCAAGGAAGGAAAUGAAAAAAAUAUCCCAGAGAAGUGGACCCCUGUGGCUGGCAUUGUUAUUGCACUCUGUUGUCACCACAGGUGUGAUUGGAGACAUUAUGUGGGCAAAGAAUAUUUCAGGGCUCUGGGCCUUGGAGCAGUGGAUUUCCACUAUUUCCAGCGAAUGAGUAGUUGGGCGACUUGUGGGAUGCGAAAAACGUCUUUGGAAGCUUCAAAUAUUUCCACAAAAAGAAGAGAUAAACAGAAUGAUGGCAGUGAAGAGCAUGAUGAUGGAGGAUACACAAUCACUGAUGACAGCCCUGAGAGUUUGCCUGGGUUUCUUACUGUUGAAGAAAAGAAGAAAAUAGGGCAUCUUUGUAAAUUGCUGAUUGACCAAGGCCGAAUCAAGUAUUUACAGCAGAAAGGCUUCAGUCCUGCUUUACAAUACUAUAUAGACCCUCUGGUGUCUUUGGAAAAUGUAUUGUUAACUGCUUUACCAAAUCAUUCUUCAUCACCAGAAACAAGUGCUUAAUAGGAAAGAAAUUUUGAACAACAUCUGUCUUCCACCAAAAAAAAAUUUUUUUAAUUGUAUUUUUAUAUUCAUGGAAAUAUCAUUUAAAUAGAUGAUAUGAACUUUAAAAAUGUUGUGGCCUCAUUGAACUUAGUUAAUGACUUUGUUUUUUACUUUAGAAAUCCAAACAUUAGAGAAUUCACCAAAUUCCCAAAGCAAUCCUCUUCAGCAGGGCAUCUUGAAUUAUGUUAUCCAUCAGCAUCUAUGGAGUUUGGGGAAGGAGUCGAGCAGUUGACGUGGGCACCUGAAACACAUACGUGCCAGCAUGUAACUCGUACAUUCACUAUUUGCAUUAAUUUUAGAAACUUUCCUUUGGUUUUAUUUAAUACUUUUUAUUUUUCAAGUUCAAGAUAUAAUGAUCAAUUAUCAGUUUAUAACAAGGACCAGUCUGAGAAUUUGGCUUAUGUAUGGAUUUUCUGUCCAGGCAGAUCUGGAAAGAAUAAUUAAUUGUGAUUAUUUGUUUCUAUUGCAAAUAAAUACAGAAAUGUUCUCAGUCAAUUAAUAAAUUUAUCUUCAGAUUUCAA